AUGGCAGGUCAUGAAUUCAGCCACUCCUCGUCGGACGUCUUCGUCCCCGACCAGCUCUUCCACACCCUCCUCACAGUCGUCGACUUCUCCCACGACCCCUCCGGCGCCACCCGCACUCCCUUCGUCCUCAAGUCCCACGGCACCCUCGAAGCAGCCAAGACGUUUGCCCGCCAGUCCCUCGAGACGCUCGGCUUCGCCCCCGAAGACUUCCAGCUGUACCGCGUCCGCGAAGCCCAGGACUCUUCGCCCUGGACCCACGGCGACGGCGUCCUCAUCUCCGCCCGCGCCUUCGACGGCAAGGAAUUCGUCGUCGGCAUCGACACCGCGCCCAACAACGAGUCCCUCGCCGCAUCCUCCUCCGACGGUGAGCUCCGGCUGCCCGAGGGCGCCCGCUUCCUGCACUAUGUCCUGCAGAUCACCAUCGACUACAACGCCGACCGCAGCGGCGCCGCGCAGACGACCGAGAUCCAGGGCGCCUACGUCCACCGCGCGGACGCGUGGAAGGCGGCCCAUCUCUGCCUCGACCCCGCGCAGUACGCGGAGUUUGACCGGAGGGGCGACGCGCAGUUCAUUGAGCAGUGGCCCUUUGGCGAGGACGUGGCCGUUCACGCCGUUUCGGAGACGGGGCAGAACUACUUCGUCGCGGUGAAGAGGCCGCCGGAGCAAAGACACGAGCUGAAGCCUCACGGUUUGAGGAAAAAGUAG